UCCCGAGAUUGCGAAUUUCCCAAUAGAUUUGGUGUGGUCGAAGAUUAGGGUUAGGGUUUGGUGCGAGUGAGAAGAUGAUCGAGGUGGUGUUGAACGAUCGGUUGGGGAAGAAGGUGAGGGUGAAGUGCAACGACGACGACACUAUCGGUGACCUCAAGAAGCUGGUGGCUGCUCAGACCGGCACCAGAUCCGACAAGAUCAGGAUUCAGAAGUGGUACACCAUUUACAAGGACCACAUCACCCUCAAGGACUACGAGAUCCACGACGGCAUGGGCCUCGAGCUCUACUACAACUAGACCUCCUCCGUCAAUAAAAAUGCAUUGGGGAGCUAGGGGUCUCUGAUUCUGCCUAUGGAAUAUGUGUGAAUUAGAUCUCUUAAGAAACAAUGGAGCUUAGAAACUAUUCUUGUGCUCUCCAAUUUAUCUGUUAAUGGAUAAGCAUGUCUAUACUCUUUAAACAUACUGCUGACCUGAUAACACAUAUGUCUGUUACUGCUUAUUAGUUCUUGUUUGAUGCAUGCUCAUUACUGCUAAUUUGUGCUCUGCCCCCAUUAGAGGGAUAUUACCUUUU